AUGGGGAUCGAUAAUCCCAUCAGCUUCCUGGAUCUCCCGCCGGAGUUGCGUCUCCAGACCUACAAAAUCCUUCUGGGGAGAUAUCCUUAUAGCCCUAUACGCCUUGGGCGAAAAGAGACUGAGAAGAAUAGCUCGGAAGACAAGCAGAAUACCACAGAGACAAGAAGGCUCCAUCCCGCAGUUCCUUUCAUUUUUCCCCUUAUGCAAUUAUUUCUUACCAACAAGCAAGUCUAUCUGGAGGCUGUCCAUGUGUUCUACACCCAGCAUAUAUUUCGAACCUCUAUUGAACUCGGAGAGAAAGACUGGCAGAAGAUAUACAAGUGGCUUCGGAUGAUCGGUCCGCACAAUCGGAAAAACCUCAGAAGGAUUGAGAUAGACUAUCGUUGCCUGGAAUGGGCUCCGAUACUGGAAGGUGGACAGCCAGGUGAGAGAUGGGUGGGCGAUCUAUAUGGUAUGGUUCGAUACCUGCCUAUCGACUGGGAGGAUCUGUCGCCAACGGGUGGAUGGGUCGAGUUCAUCAGUCCAACGAUUGAGAAGAUAUUCAAACUCCUUGGCGAGUGCGGCAAUGUUAUAGUCACUUUCAAGUCCGGGCCUGGUGAGCUUCUUGACCGACUGCUGUGCCCCGAAUUAUAUCAGGCGGAGCAAGGGAACGAGUACCCGAAUUCUGUGUGGUUUGAUAUGUCGCACAAGAAUUGGUUUCGGCACUAUAUUUCUUUUAGGGAGCAGCCAGAUAUUGACUAUGAUGGUGACCUCUACGGUGAGUACGACUUUUUCGGACCACCUACCAAGUCAUUGCUACCAGAUCUGAUGGAGCUGUAUCGGACUCGAUAUGGCGUGGAGUCCAUCAGCGUGUUGUGGAGGGUUGAAAGGUUCUACCCGUUCGACGGAUUCGCCUCAAAAGGCCCGUUGACUGCGCGAGCUCUGAGCUAUUAUUUUGACGUACUUCUCCCGCACGAUGCAAAGGCUCUGGGACUCGACGAAGUAGGCACGGGAUCAUACGGCCGCGGACUUCUCUCAUGGGCCUCAAAGCACGACCUGAUCCUGCAUGGAUUGUCGGCAUUUACCCUGUGUAGCCUGGAAUGUCAGGAUCCUACCGGCAACAUCAGUCGUGCCAUCAUGUUCCAUCGGAACAAGGUCCUGCUGGACCUGCACAACCGCCUGUCCCAGCAGCAGGUGGACGACGUCUUGAUUCAGGGGAUGGCUCUGCUGAUCCCGGUGGACGACUAUUUAGGACAUUAUGAGUUUGGUCCUGUCCAUCUGAACGGAAUGCGAGAGGUGGUCAAGCUCCGUGGCGGGUUCGAUGCGGUCGGAAGCUCCGACGAGAAUGCUUUUGGGAGAAACCUGCGGAUGAGUAUGCUUGUAACCAUGAGUCUGGUCGAGUUUCACGUCCAAACCACGAUCACAAAUGCCCCUACGACGCUUGCAAACGGGGUGUUUCCCCAUCCUCUGCCGGUGUGGGGGGAGACAGCUCUGGAUCUACCGCCAGGCUUUCGCGACCUAGCCCGUUGCGGCUAUCUGUCAGACGAGACGAUUGGAAUUGUCAGGGAUUUUUCACACUGGCUUGCUAGAAACAAGGAAAGCGAACCAACGGCCAGACAAACGUGGCGCUGCUCCAUGUCCAGAAACUUAAAUAACCUUGAGAAGUGCAUCUCUGUCACCCUGGCGUGUCUUGCCGACGACCUCAGCGCUAUGGGGACUCAUCCGGCAGCGUUGAUUUUUCGUAAGCCUCAGCGACGUGCCGAGGUAUUAGCUGCCGUUACUGAGGUGUGGAACGAUUUCCUGCUGAUUGAAUGUGUGAUUUGGAUGUGUACUGUCGUUGCGACACCACGGAACAGGCAGAUCAUCUGCAGAGAGAAGCAGCGACAACUGCUGAGGAGGUCAAUUCUGCAAAGAUACCCAGCGAGUAACUGGAGCGACAUACGGCAAAUUUUGCAGCGGUUUUUCUAUGAUUCAUCUUGUGAGCAUGACUGGGAAGAGGCCUGGAAUAUGGCGCUGGCUGAACUUCCUGACGUGGAGAACAAAGAGAAUUCGCUACAUGGCCAUACAUCAACCCAACGCUUAGCAUAA